AGAAUAGAAGUGAUCUCAGGAUUAAAAGAAAAGAAGAACGUGGGAGGUUCAUAUUCUCCGGAUUCGACUAUAAGAAGGUAUAAGUUUCAACGUCGUGGUGGAAUUAGGGAGAUUUAACUUGGAAUAGUUUGUAGGUCGAAAAUGGGGUCAAGAGAAGAGAGGCAUAGAUUUGAUCAUGAUCUUGUGCCAUUAGCAGCACUGAUAAGCAGAGAAUUGCGGAAUGAAAAAAUGGAGAAGCCAACUGUAAGAUAUGGAUGUGCAGCUCAGUCUAAGAAAGGUGAGGAUUAUUAUCUGAUGACGACAGAUUGCCAGAGAGUUCAAGGCAAUCCUUCAUCUACCUUCUCUGUGUUUGCGAUCUUUGAUGGACAUAAUGGGACAGCAGCAGCAGUGUUCUCAAGGGAUCAUUUACUAAAUCAUGUUUUGGGUGCUAUUCCUUGUGGACUCGGAAGGGAUGAGUGGCUUCAUGCUUUGCCUCGUGCACUAGUUGCAGGGUUUGUGAAAACUGAUAAGGAGUUCCAGAGUAAAGGACAAACAUCUGGAACUACAGCUACAUUUGUGAUAGUUGAUAGAUGGACUGUGACAGUUGCGUCUGUUGGAGAUUCCCGCUGCAUUUUGGAUACUCAGGGUGGUGCUGUUUCAGAAUUAACUGUAGAU